CUCCAGCAGAACUUCCUCGUCUCAUCGCCAAUCUCAAGUCCAACAUACUACAGACCAUGCAGCGUGCAUAAUCAUCGACAUCACUAUCGCCCUUCUCCCUGUCACCGUCCAUCAUUGACCUGUCGCGUGCGCGUACUCGAAAUGUCUGGACCCUCGAUCCACUUCACGGUCCCUGACCGAUCGCUAUUCAAGUUCCCACCGGAUAACCUCCCUCCUGCCCUUCCUCCUCCGUCUGACGAGGCCACUUGGAAGUCGCCGUUCCCCAUCGACUUCGAUGUCUUCAACGGCGCCUUGGACUUCAAGGUUCCUCUCACCAUCGCGACUACCUAUGUCGUCACCGUCUUCUUCGUCAAUGCCUACAACAGACGCCAGGGAAACAAGCCAUGGUGGAUCAGCACAACUCGCGCCUUCAAGGUUGCUGUGGUCUUGCACAAUGUCUUCCUGGCCGUCUACUCGGCCGUCACUUUCUACGCCAUGUGUCGCGCUAUCAACGCCGUUUGGCCUGGACUUGACAACAGCGCUGGUCUGGCUGGUGUCGCAGACUCUCUUUGCAAGAUCAACGGCCCCCGCGGUUUGGGCGAUGCCGUCUACUACAAUGCCACUUCCAACAUCUGGCAGACCAAGAACGCUAUCAUCACCCUGAUGCCAGAGGGCACUCCUGAUCCCACUGAUGUUGGCCGUCUGUGGAACGAGGGUCUUGCCUUCUGGGGCUGGUUCUUCUACCUGUCCAAGUUCUACGAGGUUGUCGACACCGCUAUCAUCGUUGCUAAGGGCAAGAGGAGCGCAACUCUGCAGACAUAUCAUCACGCGGGCGCCAUGUUGUGCAUGUGGGCUGGCAUCCGUUACAUGUCCCCUCCCAUCUGGAUGUUUGUCUUUAUCAACUCGUUCAUUCACGCACUGAUGUACACCUACUUCACUCUCUCUGCCAUCAACAUCCGUGUGCCCAACACCCUGAAGCGUACCCUGACCACCAUGCAGAUUACUCAGUUCCUCUUCGGCGCAUCCUAUGCCGCUAUCCAUUUGUUCGUCAAAUACGACAUUCCUGUCGCAACUGCAUACAGCAUCUUCCACCCUAUCUCCUCCGUUGCUGCAAAGGCUUCUGCAACUGCUUCGAGCGUCAUCUCGGCCGAGACCUACGGUGCUAUCCUUCGCCGUAUCCUUCUCCGUGCUGCCGGCGAUGAGGGUGUUGCCGAGAAUGUCCGCGACAAGCAAGGGAACAUCAUUAUGGAUGAAGCCAGAGAGGCCGUCCAGAAAUACCAUGAGGAGACCCGCUACAGGACCGACUACACCACCAUCAACUGCCUUGACACCACCGGUCAGAGCUUUGCAGUUUGGUUGAACAUUCUCUAUCUCUUCCCUCUGACUGUUCUCUUCGUCCGUUUCUUCGUUCGUGCCUACUUGUUCCGCAGCGGCUCAAACAAGUCGAGAACCAAGCGUCACUCUGCCAGCCGCGCUACCAAGGAAGCCGCACAUGGAACAAACCGCGAGAUCGAGCACGCUGGCAAGGCUGUUGAGAAGAAGCUCAGCAAACUCCCAGAAGAACUCGAGGCUGCCGAGAGGAGAAUCGAGAAGCAGCUUGGUCACUUGCCGAAAGAUCUCAAGGACAUCGAGAAGAAACUCGAGAAGAAGCUGGGAACCGCUUCCAAGAAUUUCGAGGACAUGGUCAAGAAAGAUCUGCAAGCCCUUAAGGAAGGCAGACUCCCCGGCUCCAACAAAACUGUCAGCGAGGGUGUCGAGAGCGUCGAGCGCAAGAUCACACCCAACAAGAAGGAUAGCCAGCAGAUUAAGGAAGACGCUGCAGAGAACCUCGAUGAGCUGAAGCAGAGAGUGAAGCAGGAGCCUACUGGCAACACCGAAUUUGCCAAAGACAAUGCUCCUGAAUCACCCAGUGCAGCAGCUUCACCUAGCAAGAAGCAAAAGAAGAGAAAGAACAAGAAGAACAAGAACAAGCAAGCUCAAAAUGGCGCCGACAAUGUCGACGAUCACACUGAUGCCGCUGAUUCUGGUUCUGACCACGAGCAUACUGAGCCCGAGAACUACGCUGCUGCGUUGAAGGAGGACUUGCACGAGGGAGAAACUCAGGAUCUCAAGUCAGAGACGGACGAGAAUUAGAAAGGACCUUGGACGUUAGUAGUGUCAAAAGAGGUAAAACAGAUAAACAAUGCGAUUACCAGAUGGAGCGCCAAAACAGAACCUGGUGCAGCUUGGGAAUGCGGUCGAUGAAGGAUAGACAGAAAUUAUGGACAAGUGGACAUUUUUAGUUAGCUGGUGCGGCCGACUGUAACUAUAACCAUCACUACAUUCGCAGAUUAGCAAUGAAGCAACGAACAAUCAUUACAAGUAUCGCAUUGCCACGCAGAGAUGAGUUUGCGACUAUUGCCAAGGACUUG